GGACCGCACAGGUCCAGCGCUCCCCCUCCCUGUUCGCUUCAAAUGAUGUCUUCAACAGUGCCCUCGGACUAUCUCAAUGAGCACUGUAACAUGAUCACUGUUCGCGACAUCGCGACAGGACCAACCCACCACCAAACUAGUGACACUCGGUCUCGUUUUGGCCGAUGGUUUUCGAGAUUCAUCUGCGGUGGUAGCAGUCGAUCGGCUCUAUACGGAUCUCCUAACGCCUACCAUCCUGUCAACACUUCACGAGCUCCCUUGUCGCGCCGCGUUCGACAUCGACAAAGCUUGCAAGCGGUAGCUCCUGUGAAGGGCCCUCAAGUGCUUAGGAGUGUGACGUUUGACGGCCCUAAGACUUCUGCCCAUACGAGUGUUUACGUACCACCAAUUUCCAAUUUUCCUAGACGAUCUAAUACCACUGUACAGAGGCACGCUGAGCCUUCUUUCUUCAAGUCGGCACGUUCGGCGUCCAUCAUGAAUUCCGAACGAAACACUUCCACUCGUUCACAGGACCGAGCGCCCCGGCACUGCAAUAAGGAGGGGAGGUCGCAGGGACAGUUGGAGACGAGAGAGAUUCUCCGGUCGAUGGCGAAAUUGGCGGAUAAGCGACGCCUUGCAGGGCAGCAUGUAUAUAGGCAUGGGCGUUUGGUAUGUACUGGCCUUAGCAAGAAGGAUCUCGAUCGUGCUAAGAUAAGAGUACUUCUAGGUAGGAGCUACCCUUGGUUGGCUACUAACUGUACAGGCAGUAUUACGGGUAGUUCUGGUCGAACAGCCACCACCACUACACCAGGGGGAAGCUUUCUUGAUUACGCUAGCCCCUUUAUCACAACUCGGGCGAGACCUACCCAGAAGAGGGGCGUGAUGGUCGGUGGUAUCGAGAAGAAGACCUACGACUACCCCAAACUUAGUGGUGAUGUCAUCGGGGUCGGUGAAAUGACCCUGGAAGAAUUCGAGCGGGGCUUCUAUCGCCGUAACACUAUGUAACUAAGCAUUAUAUCUGGUCUCUUGUCAUAACUUUACUGUCCAAUACUAACCUAUCUCGGUUGACGUAUUUCGACACUGUUGGUAGUAGUAGUAGUAAUCACCAUCAUUGUUAUUAUCAUCAAUAAGCGUUAGCUCUAAAGGCCGCUAGACUACUACCACGAAGUCAUCGUGUUUGUUUCCAUGCCCGUGUAUUUUUAUAAGGAGAUAGUACCAAAAGGCAAUCGGUACCAUUCUUCGGUCAACUCUUUCGGAGGACCACCAUCCCGUGCUUGUUCGUGUGCUGGAGGAUCGUACGAUUUCGUAGGGCGAGACACAUUUGGCUGCCCUGCUGUUCUCGGAUUCGCAUCUAAUCAACGAAGCAGCACUUAUUUCACGAGUGUUGAGAAUAAGCAAACCCUCAACGGCUCCAAGAAUAGCCUCCUAUGCCUCGAGUAAACUCAAGCACUGUCACUGGUCUGCAACUUGUAACAAGUUCUUUUGUUCCCCACUACUACUGUCAUAUUUUGCUAUCAUACCGCUCUCUCGCUCUGGCAUUGUUCAUUGACAGUGCCGUGGGGAUCUCAGUGAGGAUAGUGGAUCUCUAAUAUUUAUUCUCGGACGUACCAUGCUCAUAUCGCUCUCACCGUCGUUUCCUAUACCUUCUGUACGAUCCUCCGCUAUGUUAGUCCUAUUAUUUCCACGCGGCACUCGCUGUUGCUGCUUCCGAUACCCCGAGCAGUCA